AUGGCACCCAUCGAGCGCAUCACUCUCUUCAAGAUCCCCAACGACGCGGAUGCGGAUCGUCUGCUUGAGCAGUAUAAGAUUUUGGCAAAGACCGCUACCAAGGACGGAAAGCCCUAUAUUGUCGCUGCCGCUGUCGGCAAGUCCAUCGCCGAUCCUCGCAACCGAGGCUUCAACAUCUCCGUGAAGACAACCUUUGCCUCAAUGGAGGAUAUGAAGUACUAUGAUUCGGAAUGCGAGGCACACAAGGCGCUCAAGGCGCUUGUUGCGCCUAUCAAGGAGGAUGUGAUGACUACUUUCUACGAGAACGUGCUUUAA